AUGUCCGUUCCUCCGGAGAAGGUGCUGGCGGAUGUUGGGAGACGCCUCUCCGAGCCCCUCAGCAAAGACCCUCUGGUGAAGCUUCUGAAGGUAAUGGGGAUUCUUCGGACAUUGGAACCAUGGCCAGUUUCCGUGUGUUCUUCUUGCCGACUGUUACUGUCCCCGUUUUGGCAUUUUUUUAUAUGAGUUCAAUAAAACAUAUGUUGGGAGACGCCGCACUUCGUUGAUUAUUAUUCAUUUGGUUGUACUUCGUUGGGAUUCUAUUUCGUGUUUUCCGGACAAUCAUUGGUAACGCUGAUGAUUAUGGUAUGUAUUUUUUUCUUAAUGGGGAUCGUAUGGUUUGACUGUUCCCGCUGUUUUUCAUUUUGAGUCUUAAUGGGGACCUACCCUCCUGUUUACUUAAGCACACGGGAUGGAUGGUCUGGUUCUCCAGCUUUCAGUUCCCUUUUCUUACUUGGCGGGAUAAUUUCGAAGAUUUAGCUGAUUAUUUUACGAGAAUCUUCUCCUCCCUUUUGAAUCGUUGGGGUAUCACGGAAUAGGCACACAGAACGUAUGCCAUUCGUACGGUUACCAAUCAAGGAGUUGUUUCUCAUCUCCGGUCUGAUACUCAUCGGGCCUCCCUUGUUCUAGUCCCUUGUUCUAGUUAAAAACAUUUCUCUGCGGUUGUCGUUUGCUCGAUGUAUCGCUUUAAUUUUUACCUUUAUAACCUUUUCGUUGCUCGAGGGAAUGUGUUUUGUUUGGCGUGAUUUAAUUGUUAUCAUUUUCCAUAAGCCCCCUCCGGAGGGGUCUCUGUUACGUGUGUAGAAUCAGUGAAGAGGGAGUGGAUCUUGGAUGUAUGUUCCUGUAUUCUGAUAUCAUUGAUUAUUUUAGUGAUAAUUCUCCAUUCUGAGCAUUGAACUCGUUUCAUUUAAAUUAAUUUUUCAGAAAGCUGCGAGUGCUCUUUCGGAAUUAAGACAAUCCUCGUCAUUACAGCAUGCAAUAGCUCCCUUGAGUAACUCUUUGGUUCAGAAGAAGUUACUUCAGCAUAAAGAUAAAGAUGUGAGAAUUCUUUUGGCUGUUUGCUUCAGUGAAAUCAUCAGAGUUUUGGCACCGACACCACCUUUCAGUGAUCAAAUACUUAAGGUAAUCAUUGCCUUUUUUGACUAUUACUGUCGAAUUCAUAUCCUGAGCUGCUUCUGGGAUUCAUUUUUUUAGUUUUAUAUCAUACUCGUUAGCUAUAAUAUGUCAUGACCAGUAUGUUGUUCUCUAGCCAAUAUUAGAUGGCAGAACCAAAACCUAAUCCAAGGGCUAGACGCAUGUUUAGUACUUUUGUUAAAUUCUAUAUUUGAAUAUAAUAUAUAUUUGUAUAUGUGUAUGCACUUCAGAAAGUUUUAUUGUGUAUCUUAGUCAGAGCUAAGAAAAAUCCUCUUGCUUGAUCGAUUUUUGCUUCUGACAGGGCAUUUUUAAGCUUAUUAUCAGUAUAUUUUCGGAAUUAUCAGAUGUUGAGAAUGCAUAUUUUGGCAAACGGGUAAAAAUACUGGAGACUAUUGCUGCUCUUAGAUGUUGUGUGCUAAUGCUGGAUAUUGGUUGCGAAAAUUUAGUUCUGGAGAUGUUCAAUAUUUUCUUCUCUGUUGUCAGGUACGCACUUCCAUGAAUUUUCUGUCGUUUUUUUCACGUUGAGAAAUCAUUUUUUAUCAAAGAAAUUAUUCGUAGUUGAAUUCUAGAGGCCUGAAAAAUGUAAACAUGCUACGUUUAACACCAACACUCCGAAUACUUGUGUUCUCUAGUUCUUGCGCUGGUUUCACAAACUUUCUUAAAUGAUCUACAUCCUGGUCACGAGACUAAGCUGUAUGUGUCCAUAACGAAAAAUGUUCUUAGUAUCGCAUUGUUUUCAGAUAUUAAUAAUGACCGUCUUAGUUACCUCGUAGAGAGUGUAUGGCACUAUUGCACAUAUUCCCUUUAUAAUUUAGUUGGUUUGAAUGCAUAGCCAUCUUCUUGAGUGGUUGUUAUGGCCAACAUUUACAUGUUAGGUUUCCAAUGGAAGAUUUGACGUUCAGAUACAAAAUUUUGAGAUUUUGAUGAACUACACACUGGCUAACAAUUCUAUGAGCAUAUCAUUCUAUAACGGAACAAGCCAAUGACAAAAGGAUAUAUCGUGAAGUGAUGAAUAUAAAUUACUACUGGCAGAUGGAGAAGAGAUGUAUGGAGUGUGAAUGGGGAACGAUGGGGCUGGAUGAACGGUUGCAGUAAUUGGUGGACGUAGGUUGGAGUCAUGAGAGUUGCAUAUUUUUUUCUUGGGUGCAAAAAAUGUCAAAUUGCUUUGGGGGUUUGGGGAGCGUUGGCCGGAUCCUGAUUCUGCCAGGUGAGGAUUUCUUUUUGGAUUGAAAAAAAAUCGUAAGACAACACUAUGACAUUUUGUGAUCAUCAUUUUUUUAUAUUUUAUUAUGAUGUAAGUUCGUCAGGAAGAUGAAAACAAAAUUUUGAAACAAUUUGAACAAUCUAUGGUCAAUUAUUGAAGCAGACCAAGCUAAAUGAGGGAUGCUCCCGAAUGGUUGAUAUUUGGUUCUAAUGGAACGUGCUUUUGCAGUGUAUGAGGUAGCCUGUGUUUUCUAUUACAUGAAAAGCGGACGUUUUAGAAAAUAGCAAUUAUAGUAUGAGAUUGAAGAACAUUUUUGGGAAAACUAGGGAGAGAUAGUGAAAAGUCGUGGACCUGUAUGACAAGAAAAGAAGAAUUGGUUUGGGUUGAAGUAUACUCCUGUAAUAACUGGGAUUGAUUUACUAGAAUCUGAUUAUGAGCGAUUGAUUGAAUUUGAAAUCUGCUCUUUUGCUUGCAUUCAUGCUUAUCCACGGUGUUAGCUGAGAUAUACUGCGGUCUAGUUUUUUAUUUUUUCAUUGACGUUGUUGACUCGAACAUUUGUUAAACAUGCCAAUGAACUGAGUUGUGAAGAUUUAAGCCUCAAUUUCGGUAAAACCAUGUUUUACCAUAUGGAAGACAGUCGUAUGAAAGUAUCCAGUGCUUAUUGUGCUUAAUGAGAAGCCUUAUCUAUUCUUGAAGCUCUACUUCUUCUUAUGAAAGGAUUAUAGCAUUAUUUCGUUUUAAUUUUUUGUUAGAGCCUGAAUAUUUGUAGGUUUCUGUCUAUGCAAUAUACUUCAGAAUUUUUUCCAUGAAGUAGUCUUUGCAAUGGUGCCUACGGGGUCGUUUAUUUGCCGACAUUUUUCGUUUGCAUUGCUUUUAUUCAUUAAUUUCAUCUGCUUUACCCAUGUAUUAUCUUAGCUUGGUUGUUCUUAUCUCCAUGACCUAUAUACUUUUACAUUGAUUUAGACUGAACGUAAAUAUUGAUUUCUAGAGAUGAGCACCAGCAAAAUUUGCUUCAGGCAAUGUUAUCUAUAAUGGUUGCUAUAGUGGAAGAGAAAGUUUCGAAAAAUCUCUUGGACGUGAUUCUAAGCAAUCUAUUAAAGGAGGGAAAGGUACCUUCUCAGGGUCAUAUUAUCCUAUAAAUAAAUUACUUUUUAAUGCAUGUAGGCUUGAUGAUCGUGUGUAAAAGACCAUUGUUGGCCAUCUAUAAGUUUCUGUUUUCCAAAUUACUGUCAUGAACAUUGACUGCAAACUGCACCAGACUAGAUGGUAGGAUUAAACGAAGCCUAGCUAAUGCCCUUUUUACCAAGUUUUUUAUGGUUUAUUUGGUUUUCAAUCAUUUUUCAACUAUUUGCACAUCAUAAACGAAGCACAAAUUAUACCUGUUUCAACCUCCUGCCUGGCUUUCAAAAGCUUUCUUUUAAACACUGUCUGAGCGUUAAGUAGAUGCUCGAAAUCCUCUAUUUUUUAUUUUUUGAUAUUUUUAACAUGCGAAAUUAUUCGAAUUUUCAUUCUGAUGGUUUUCUAGGUGGUUUGAUGAUAAUGUCUUUCGUGUAUUGGUGUUUACCUUUCAGGGUGGAUCAUAUGGAUCGUUCAAGCUUGCUGUUUCACUUGUUGAAAAUUGUGCAGAAAGGCUGGAGCCUCACAUUCGUGGAUUUCUGACAUCUUGUAUUUCGGAAAGGGAUGCUACUGGAAAUGAGCUGAAAGAGUUUUACCAUGAAAUUAUUUUUCAAAUUUAUCAAUGUGCUCCUCAAAUACUUAUUGCUGUUAUGCCAAACUUGACUCAGGAGCUACUAGUAGGUGUUUGGCUAUCCUAUAUCUAAUGUUUAUCAAACUCUUGUCUUUUUAACUAAUUUGUUAUGUCUGAACUGUUGUCAGACUGAUCAGGUGGAUGUCCGCAUAAAGGCCGUCCAUCUGAUUGGAAAGCUUCUCACUCAUUCAAGACUCCAGCUUGCCCUGGAAUAUCGCCCACUUUUUAUAGAGUUUCUAAAACGUUUUUCUGACAAAUCAUCAGAAGUUCGAUCUAGUGCGGUAGAUUGUGCUAAAGCAUGUUAUUUGGUGAAAUCCUCCGGGGCUGAAGCUUUUGAAAUUCUCAGUGAGCCAAGAUAUUUUCUCCUUUAAUUUUUUGGGUACUUUUUAACACUUUUUUUUUCUCUCCAUAAGUUGGUUAUUUCAUCUUCUUUAACAACCUAUGCAGCUGCUCUACAAGGACGGCUCUUAGACUUUGAUGACAAAAUACGGAUACAAGCUGUGACGGUGGUUUGUGAACUCGCUCAGGCUAACCUGGAAUUUUUUCCAUUAGAGUUGAUUCUGCAGGCAGCAGAUCGCGUUCGGGACAAAAAGGUGAUUAGAAAGUAAAUUGCGUCAUUUUCAUCUAAUUUUGAAUUUGAAAAUAUAACCAUGCUGAACCGCUAUCAAUCCCAGGUUUCUGUUAGGAAAAAGGCAAUGAUAAAGCUGCUGGAGUUGUAUCAUGCUUACUGUAUUAAAUGUUCUGAGGGCUUACUUCCUAUAACUGAUCACUUUGAGCAGAUACCUAGUAAAAUCAUAACCCUCUGCUUUGACAAAGACUGCAAAGAAUUCAGGUUUAAUUUAUUUAUUACUCUGGAUGUGCCUUAUAAUUGAAAAGUGCUUCUUUUCGAGAUUUUAUUUACAUGUGUUCAGCCUGCAAAAAAUGGAGCUCAUGCUUGCAGAAGAUCUCUUCCCAGCAUCUCUUCCAGCUGAGGAGAGAGUGCGCCACUGGAUGGCUUUGUUCUCAUUUUUCACAUUGCCCCACUGCAAGGCAUUGGAUUCCAUCUUAGCUCAGAAGCAAAGGUAUAGGGUUCUGCUGCUAUGCAAGCACAUGACGUGGUUGCCUUUUCUGAUAAAGCUUUUUAUUGUGCCCAGGUUUCAAAGGGAAAUGAGAACAUAUUUGUCUCUUCGGGAAAUAGGAAAGGUAGUGCUUCCAAUUUCUAAAUGUGUUCUAGCUUUAAUGAUGUCUCUACUCUGCAUUCAAAUGUUCAAUGAUUCUUUUAAUAUAGCUUGAUGUCAUUGGUAGUGUUUUAGUUUUUCCGGACAGUUGCAUUUACUUGGAGUUUUAAGAUAAACUCAUAAAUUUAUGCUGUUAUUUGAGAAGAGAACAGCAAAUAGUAUGUUAUUCACAGUGGCUUACGGUUAGGCCAAUUGGAUAGUUGGAGUCUAAGACUGUGUCCAGACUACUUUACUGAGAAGAAUGCGGUAGUGUGGCCAAUGUCAAAUUUGGACUGUACGGGUCGUUUUUGUGUUGAUGCGUUGUGGUGUUCCAUUUCGUUAAGACCUUUUUUUUUAAUGUUUCCUCACUUCCUCUGUUACAUGAGUUUGAUAUUAUCAUCUCUCGGCUUUGUCCUUUCUUGGCACGUGGCACUGACAACCUUCUAUACAGAUGUUCCAGUGCAAUUGUUAUUGCGACUCUAGGAAGUUGUACAUGCCUGUUUGUAUGACUUAUAUGAGUAGAAACUUAUCCAUUUCGAGGUUCGUUUCUGGGGUUAAUCGCAUGUAUUAUGGAUGUCGAGUGCCAUUGGAAAAUCCAGUUCUCCUGCUUAAUUUUUUGUUUACUUGAGUCAACCAGUACCGUUGCCCAGGUUUACUCCUUUUGCAAGUCAUUGACAACAUUUUCCACUAAUCAUAAGGUGGAUUUGUGCAUUUUACGUGUUGAAAAAUCUGCAUGUGGUGUAUUUGCGCUAUGCUGGAUAUUUAAUUAUAGGCACAUGUAUAGGGCUAUCAACCUUACUGACGUUUCAUGAUAUUGGUUCUUUCUUUGAAGUUGGCAAACCGACAAUUGUCAGUCUGUUGGUGAAACCAUUCCGGGCACGAUUGGAUUUUUUUAGCGCUGAUUGUGAAUCCCCUGUUGAUUUCAAUGCAGGUGAAUAGUCCAGAAGAGGUCAAUGAGAAAAUUUCAGCCUGUUUCAAGAAGAUGUCUUUGUCCUUCAUAGAUUCUAUCAAAGCUGAGGAGUGCUUCGGAAAAUUGCAUCAAAUGAAAGAUAAUAAUAUCUUCAAGGCAUUGCUCGAGUUAGUUCGUGAACAGAAUUUCUCAAAUAUCCAAUCAAAUCAGGUCAAUGCUUUUUUUCUUUCACGAAAAUUAAAACUGUGGAAUCAAAUGAAUUAAGGUUGUUUUUUGUAGUAUAAGCUUCGCGAGUUAUCUCACUCAUGCCAUGAUAUCAAUCAUACUAUUUAUGAGAAGGCUAGACUUGAGGCAAUAUAAAUAGAUUAGAAAUUUCAUGAAUAAUUGGUCACUGGUAUUAUAAAAUCAUAUUGCAUGCAAUAUUAUUUUUGUUAUCAUCUGUGGAUUAAAUGGCAAAAAUGACGCAAAGACCUUGGGAGGAAUCAUUGGUGUUAAAGUUAACUUUGAGAAAAGCACAGGCUUAAACGUGUGAAGGAAAUAUGUUAAGAUGAGAGCUUUGCUUAUAGAUUGUGAGGUGGGAGAAUGUUGAAUUCUGAAAGGACUGUAGGCUUUUACCAAAGUUUGAAAAUCGAUUUUCUGGUUCAAAAGGGGCCUUCUCAAAUGAAAUAGAAAGUGUGCAAGAAAUAAAAUAUGAGAUAUUAUAAGUAGAAACAUCAACGAUGCUUCUGACAUUUGUAUAAGAAAUGGGCAAAAUCUCUUUAGAUUGCCUCUACUUCAAAUAUAAUAUUGUUGCAAUACAUUUUAUUAUUCUAUUUCUAUUUGAUUAGUCAUAUCAGCUAGUUUUUCAAGAUAUAUACGCUUUAAUCUACAUAAAUUAGUUUUUGCUGUUAAAUGGUCACGCCAUACCCAGAACUUGCAGAGAAUAAAUCCAUGCCUUCACUUUUUGUAUGGUUAUUUUGUUGGCAUAGUGUCUAAUAUAGAUAUUUGACUGCCGAUUUAUUGCUUUCCCAAUGAGUUUUUUUCCGUUUUGUUUUCUUGGUUUCUUAUAGUGUUUGUAUCCAAUCUUUCAGGAAGCAUUUUUGAAGAGGAUAGGAGAUAAGCAUUCAAAUUAUGAAUUUUUUAGAGUACUCUCCUUGAAAUGUGCCUAUUCUAUAUUUACAGUAGAUCACGUACGCAGCAUCCUAGAAGGCUUACUAUCGAAGAAAAAUGAAAGAGAGCAAUACUUAGACACAACCAACUUUGAUCUUCUCGUCGUAAGUUUUACUACUGAUAUUUUCAGUUUAUAAAUAUUUUUAUAUUUGAACAUAGAUUUAACUUUUUAAAUUGUUCAUAAUUACUAACCUUUCUUGUGUUCUGGAAGGGGAUGUUGUUUGGGUAGUGAUAGGAGGUGGCCAUGUGAGCAGUGACAUUGCAUCUGGCGGCAAUGUGCAAUAUUGAAAUAUUCUUUCAACCCUGAUUUUCAUUGGCUUUCUUUUUAUUUCUGCUUCAUUCUUGAUCCUUCUUCAUUCUCCUCUGUUUACCAGUCUUUCAUCUUUUCAUUCUUGUUCAUACAUGACAUUAACCGGCUUCUGUCUGGUCUCUUUUUUCUUUAAUUUUUUUAAUCUUGAAGGCGAUAUUUGUUUGACCCUAUAGAAACUAACUGGGAAAUCUUGGUUCCUAUCAAAAUUUCCAGAGUUUGAUUUUUAUCAGCUGAACCUGUAUGACCAUUAUUAAAGCUACUUUUUCAGGGUAUAGAUACCAUGAAUAAAAUGGCGUUUGGCUGGACAAAAUUCCAUUAUUUCUUAUACAUAUACUGUGGCCUACAGGUCUGUGGAUAUCCAAUAUUAAUGUGUGGAUAUAGCGGUAGAGUAAGAUAAUGAAGGUCAUCUUAGGCCGCUUGAAGUAGGCUACUGUGAUCCCUAAUGGUGCAUUUGGCUUAAUAUGGACCAGGCAUCCGAAGGUCAAGUUCAUUGUUAAUAAGUUCGUUGAUCUAUUACUGAUCUCAUGGUUAGUUAUUUGGCCCAAUGAUACUUGUAAUCUUAUCAGUCUCCUCAUCAGUGAGCAAGCUUACUGGUACCGAUUUUAAAUACCCCCUUAAAGGUUGUUGGGGCACAAUUGUCCAAAUCAAUACAAACAAGCCUAAUUAGAUUCACGAAUGCUUCAUCCCAUUGGUUCUCAAAUCAGUUUUAGUUUAAAUAAUUAUAGUUUUAGCCCAUAUUGUUAUCUAAUGAGAUUUAUUGUGAAACUUUAGUAAGACUUAUAUCACUGAGAUUUAAAUGUGCUACAUUGCAAAAAGUUGUCAAAUGGGCUUCAUCUCCAGGAUCUUAAAUGAUCAUCUUCUCUAAAAUUUCAAAUUAGUUUAAUCUGUAGUAGUCAAAUGAGCUUUUAUCUAAUAGACACUCCAAUGUGCUUCAUUCUAAAAAAGUAGUCAAAUAAACUUUAUUUAUGCUAUCAAAUGUCCUUCAUUUUAAAAUGUUUAUCAAAUGAGUUGCAUUCAUGAUUAUGCAUGAUUUUAGACCUACUUUUAAAGUUAAACAAGUUGCAUUAUGUAGUAGGUUUGUUUAUAUAUGUUAUCGCUCUUAUGACAGUUAAGGAAGGGCGUUCCUUGGGAAGAUGUAAUUAGCGCCGAAUUGAGUUGAGGGGGAGCAUCUCAAUUUAAGUAAAUUUAGAAAGCUAUGAUCUAUCAAUGUGCGUAAAAAAAAAACAACAAAUUAUCUCAAGCCUAUCAAAAGAGAUGAAAGAUUAUCAUCAUGUAGUUUUGUGAUUCCUUUUGAAUUUGAUUCAAUGUCUUUAGGUUGAUCGUGGCAUGUGUUGGGUGUAAUGAUCUUAUGAGAUUGAUCCUUUAGACUAGACUACUUUCUUAUCAUCAAUUUUACUUGAAAAAGAUCUUUUGUGUAAUCUGUUUGUGUCCUGCAGUCAGAAUCAAGAAUUUCUUGCAUGCUGAUACCAGAUUUUAUUUUUUCAUUUCUGAUUUAGUCUAUAGUGAGCAUAUUCCCAACGUUGUUAAGAGGAUCCGAGGAUCAGUUUCUUGGUUUAUUCCCCAUGGAGGUUGAACAACUGAAUGAAAAGCUUCUUCAGAUGCUAAUCAGAGCUGGUGGUCAUAUUUCUAUAAAACUCAGGUAAUAGUUGGUACCAAGAUUGGGGUAUUCUUUUUAGUUUAUUGUAAGUGGAGCAGUUAGUUUUCUAAGAUUAGUUUACAUACGUACGGAAUUGCAAAUUUUCAUUUAAAAUUUUAAAUGUGACAAGAUUUUAACUGUUUAUUUUUUUUUAAAUUUUGGAAGAAAAAAAUUUGAAGGGUUUUAAAUUCUACUUGUCUAGGGAUAUAUACCCCUUCUUGGAGCAAGCAUGUCUGGAGGGCUCUCGUAUUCAGUCAAAGCAGGCUGUUUCUGCAAUGGCUUUAUUAAUGUCUGCUUCUGAUGAGUUGAUUUUCGAUGAUUUAUGUGAGGUACUCUGCACUGUUAAGACUUAAAUAUUCUUAUUUUCUCCACGACAUUCUGAACACAUAUUUUUUAUCCUUUUUCAUCAUUUUCUGGACGGACAAAUCAUCAAAACUCUGUAUAUUCGAUGCAACUGGUCUUCUGUUUGUUUCGCCAUUUUCUUGCUGUCCCUUCUAACUCAACAGUAGCAAAGAAAAGACAGUAAAUUUCGUUACCAGAGUCUUUUUAGGGAAUUUCGUUAACCUUGUAUAACCGGGUGCCUCAUUGAGUUGAUUAAAUGCCACGAAAAAGACAGUAAAUUUACUACAACUUUGAACGAUCCUGUCCUUCUCAGAUGAUAAAGAUAUGGUAAACGCUGAUGUAAUAAUCUUACAAAAAGUUUCAUCACAUUGUUUUUUUAGUGCUAAUUCUAAUUUCUUUUCUUCAUUUGACAGAAACUCCUUGGCUUCCUUAAUAGAGGUCAGAAUAUGCCAACAAUCUUGCAAUCUUUGGGUUGUAUUGCACAGCAUUCUUUAUCAUCCUUUCAGCUACACGCCGAGGAGAUAACUCAAUUCAUCAUCCAAAAGAUAAUCUCUGAUGUGGAGGUGCGUUCCAACUUUCCACUUUUACCAAAAGUUUCACCUUUUUGCAGAAGGUGUCACCGGUUCCUUCCAUCUUAGUGAUCCUAAUGUUAUCUAGUAAACAUUUUUAUCUGCCAUUUCCUGCAUUGUUCCUCAAAAAAGAUGAUGAGGCUGGAUUUUUUAUGUCAUUCUUAUAGGUGCCUUCAUUAAACAAGAAAACUGUUAAUCAUGGGGGACCUAUGUGCAGUGCCUCUUGCAAAUUGAAAGUGAGUUGGAAAAUGCCACUGUUUCAACGUUCUUUGAUUCAACCUUGCCUUUCAUUUCACUGUAUGUUCUAAUAUUUUGAUUUUUUUUGUCGAUUUCUAGAGUGCACUUCUCAUCUGGUAUCAUUUGAGCCUGGAAUUGCAAAAGUUAGGAUCCCUUUUCAUCAACACGUUUCUGCGGAAGGUUAUUAAGCGUUAUCAAGAUACUAUUUUUGUAUAUAGUGCCGAAAACGCUGAGACAGACAUUGAUCACCACCGUUUUUAUAUGUAAUAAUUAUAAACCCUUCAAUUCCAUCAGCAUACUAGGAAAAACUCCAAGAUCCUUUGCAUUCUUACCUCAAAUACCAAUGCCAAAGCAUGGAAACCUUUCAUCAAAUGUUUAGCUUAAAAGUAAAAAGUAACUUAGACAUUAUAAUAACGGAAUGAAAUGGAAAAGGAGAGAUAAAGCACCAGUAUUGCCCCAAUAGAGCCAGCUGCGAGGGAAAUUUUCUUCUUUAUCUAUCUUCAUUUUCGUUCACUGCUCUUGCAUUGGUUGCAUAAAAAAAGAGGUCGAUCCCUGAUAGUCUAUAUUUAUUUCAAUCUGCGUAUAUUCAUAUAUAUAUAUAUAUUUAUUUAUUUAUUUACAGGAAAAAAAUAUCGCAAUAACUUUUUUGUUUCGAAUUUCUAUUUCUGAAAGUUUUUUCAAAGCCUUAACCUAUGUUAUGCACCUUCUUUCCCAUAGUCUUGCCUUAUGGCUCUUAAAGUCAAGGAUUCGUUUGAUGCACAUUAGAGGUUAAUUUUGUUUCCUUUUUUUCUUUAUUAUUGAAUAUUGUUUCUUGAGUAGUCCUCGGGGAAGGGAAAGUAUUUGGAGAAAUUUAAAAGUGCAAUAUACAUGUAUUUCUUGCUGGUGAAAGAUAAUAACUUCAGCCUACUUUUUUCACGUUGAACUGGGUGCUUACAAGUUUCUUAUGCAGUAAAGUAAACGAAACCAAUGCCAUUUCGCCUCAUGUUCUCUGCUGCUACAUAGAUUGUGAAACACCUUCGUCUGCAGGGUGGAUGUUUCUAUUUGACGAAUUUCAUGGCUAAAUCUACCAAUAAAUAUCGGUGGAUUUUUUUUUGGUAAAAUAGAUUUUUCCUUACGGUACGAAGAUGGCAUAUAGCUUCAUGUGUUAUUGGUGAAUUGCUCCUCGGAAGAGUACCAUGCUAUGCGUUCUUAUUUUGUGGGGUAUUGCCCCCUAUUUUUCUGAUGUAUUCUCUCUUUCGAUGUGUGCCAAAGAUCUUCAUACUUUCUUGUAUGUGUUUUUUGUUUGCUUUAACAUAUGAUACCUGUGACAGAUCUAUGGGUUGAAAACACUUGUCAAGAGUUGUUUGCCGCUGCAAGUAGCUCAUGGCCAGAAUCAAAUCCGAGGAUUGCUAGAUAUAUUGUUGAAGAUACUCCAAGAAGAAGAAAUCCCAGAUGGAGUUGUGUCAAGGUCAGUCCUUAUGAAUUACUUUAUUUCACAAAGUUUUACAUUUUUCUUCUUCUUUUGAUCUUUAUCCUUGUGAAUUUAUCAGGCUGAGCUCCAAAAUUCAGCGCUUCUUAAGUGCAUGAUUUCUGAUGUUUGACUCCGCUUGUAGUCUCUAAAGAAAAUAAAUGACUUAUUAGCUUUCAUCUUCUGAUCUUAUUGUUUCUUGGAGGUUACUAUUUUACUUCCUUCUGAACUUCAUGCUAUUGCGUAUCAUGCCAGAAACCACACCCUUUUGACCUCAACAGUGUCUGCAGCCACCAUAUUAUUAUUAUUAUUAUUACUUGAUAUAUUUUAAUAUAAUAGAGGUAAAUAUUUCUACACCACGCCACGUAAGAUCCCCCAAAGAACUGGAUUGCCAAAAAAAAAAAGUAAAAAGCGAUUUUCUGGCUGUAAGAUUUCUCGGAAAAGCAUGCUUCUUAUAGUUAGUAUUCAAUAAACCAGAACUCCAUUCAUUAUCCAUUCCUUGGGCACUAGGAGCCCAAGCAUCUUAGAGAUUGGAGAUGUGUCUGCUCCAUACGUGAGUGAACCAGAUCGCAGGCACCUUCACUGACGAGUUUGUCUGUUUAUGUACCCCCUGGCAUACGUUUGAAGGUCGUCUUUUUCCAUCUGUGCAGGGAAGCUGACCAGGCUCACCUCAGGUUAGCUGCUGCCAAGUCUGUUGUUCGCCUUUCUACCAGAUGGGAUUUGCACAUAUCACCUCGCCUGUUCAAUUUGUCAAUGGCAUUGGCCAGGGUAUGGAAGUCAACGGCUUUCCACAGUUGUUCUCCACAAGUCAACGGGGGAACGAACGUAAUCACCUGCUGAUGUUUUUUAUGCUUUUUCUUUUUCCAGGACCCUUCUCCGGUGGUUUGCAGAUCGUUUCUCUGUAAAAUAAAUAAGCUUCUGAAGGAGCAAGCUAUCCCGAAGCGCUAUGCCUGUGCCUUGGCGUUGGGCUGUUGCUCAGAAUGUCUUUCAGACACGAAAGCUGACGUGGGUUCUUCUCUUCCUCUCCCCUGUUCUUCCCCUUGAAUCUCCAUUUAAUUGGUAUUUCUCCAAAAAUAAAUAAAUAAAUAAAUAAAUAAAUUGCCUUCUGGUUCAGGCCUUGAAUUACCUUGGCCAGUUCUUUAGGGAGUACAAUCGCAGAGCUCGUCUCACCCACGGCUCUCCAAGACAAAACAUGGAUGGAGGGGCGUUGACCACCUUCCCAGCGUACAUCGUAGUCUUCCUCAUCCAUGUUCUUGCCCAUGAUCGAGGAUUCCCCUCUGCUGACUCCCAGGACGGCGAAUACGCCUUCGCCAGCUUCUACAGGUAGAAUGACCAAUCCCUUUCGAAAAAAUAUUUUAAGAGGCCGUAUUGAUCUCUCUCUCUCUCUCUCCAUCUAUCUCUACAGCCCUCUCAUCGCCCUCCUGCAAGCAUCGGUCAACCCGGAUUUCUACGCCGGCGGCAAGCUCGAGGAAGUUAAUGAGAUGGCGUCGUACCUGUAUGGGAUCUUCUCCGCAGUGAAGAGGGCGGUGGAUGCCGUUGACAUUCGAUUCACAUCGGUAUGAGCCUCUGGGCAUCAUAUAAUUUCCUCUCUUAUCUUCCUGAAUAAUAUCUACACAUGUUUUAAACGUUGACUUUGUUUCAUUUAAUUUUUUCUCAAUGCAGAAGUUGCAUCGUCUUUCAGAGAUCGGUCUGUUCAUGGUGAGGAAGGUUGCCCAUAAUCCACGGCCUCCAUCGCACUCACCCCGCCUGGUCCUUCUCCCCUCGUCAUUAUAUAAAGUCAACGACGAUGCCAGAUGUCCAGAGGCGAGCCUUCCAGAUAUAGCCCUCUCUCUCUUUUUUCUCUUCUCUCUUCUCUCUCUUAAAUUAUUUCCAUGUCCAGGCAACUUCUCCAGCGGAGGAGGCCCACCUGGAUGAAGGCUUCAUGGAGAGGAUCCUCCUCAGGGCCGAAUCCUUCAUUUCCCGGGUGAGUUGACCGAACCCAUUUCCGGAAAUUUCUUAUCCUGUCGGAAUGGAAGAUCUCGACUUUCUAAGUCGUCCCCCCCCCCACUUUCGGACAGCCUGCUCCUCAUGUUCUGGAAGGGACAGGGAGGAGAGAGGGAGAUCUCCCUCCGACGGCGGGGAAGAGAAGAGCAGGGAGAGCGGCGGACCCCAUGAACCCCAGGAAGAAGGCGGCGCUGUCCUCGUCCUCUUCUUCGUCGGUGGAGCUGAUCCAGGGCUGUUCGCAAGUGAGGAAGAAGACGGCGGCGGCGGCGGCGGCGGACUCGGGUGAGAGGAAUAUUCCGUCAUCUUGUGCUUCUAUCAGCCCGGGCCUAUCCGUGGAUUCGCUUACCCUUUUAUGAUCGCCAAUUUAUCAAAGACUGGGCCGUUGUUUUGUUUCUAUGUUUGGAGUUUCGUUCUGAAGGAGAAUUGGAGAGUCCGAAUGCUAGAUCUGGGCCGGGUUCGGGUCCGGAGAGAUGCGGCCGGACCCGAAAGCCAGGCCCUCUCUGUGGAUCUGUGAGAGAGAAAGACACAGGAAAACAGAGAGUCAGCGAGAGAGAGAGAGAGAGAGAGAGGGAGAGAUUUCCGGGCGCAGUUACCAGAAAAAUGUCAAUGAAUGGUGGCGGUUUCGAGACGCAGUGAGACCAUUCUCACCUUCGCCGGUGUUGACCCGCCAAGAUGGACGUACGAAAGUGAGGUCACGGUAAGGUUAAGAUGACAGACAGACAGACUGCUCUGGUCUAACCCAUGAUCGAAUCUUCGUUGAAAACAGGUCACAAGAGGCGGCGGCAAAACAGAAUAUAAUAGGAGGCCGAGACGGUCGACGUGGAGACCGCCGGAGAGAACCAUGGAAGCUUCCAAAACGUGGGCGCUAGGGCCAAGGCAAUAAAUACCGUCCCCCCCGCCCCCCCCCCCCCGCCCCCCCCGCCACCGCCGCAGGCCGCGGUCAACAUAGUUCCCUCUUUUCUGAACUUGUUCUUGUUCCCACUCGUUUUGACUCCCCCUCCGAUCGCCAGGUAAUUGUAUAGAAAGGCCCUGUUUAUUGACUACCAGAAGAUAUCCCCGGCGUUCAGAGCUCGAAGGGGCGCAGAUUGGGCGUGGCGUGGAGGUUUCGUACCGUACCUCAGGGUAAGAUCCUCCCUCUCUCUCUCUCUCUCUUAACUUGUCCUUGUACGGUAAUGCAUGGCAUAAAUGAGGAGAGUACUCAUACUUGCCGGUUUUGUGAUUGAAACCGAGUUUCCUGGUCUAUCAUUGAAUCGCUAGUAGAGGAGAAUUGGAAGAUAGAAUAUAGUUCCAGCUAGUAAGAAAUCAAUAGAGAAGGCAUCAAUUCGUAGUCUGAUUUUCUCUCCUGUACCAGAUUAUUCGCCGCCCUGGCGUAGCUUGGCCUUUGAUCUUGACUGGAUUUGAAAGUUUGAAAGCUUUUUUCUCGUAAGAUUGUUAAAAAUUUUCCACACCGCCGGUAGAAAACACCGUAUGCGUAGAGUAAGUAGAGGAAAACAUGGUAUUACUCUUGAAAGCAGUAAGCUGGAUACUCGAUGAUCUGGUUAUCUCCAUUGGAAAGUUGAUUGAUUCGGAUACUGUUCUUGAUAUUGAGUGAAGAUGGGUUGAUGAAGGGAUGAGAUUCUGUGGGCAUGUUUUGUGACAGGCGUACUCCUAAAACUGAACAAGUUAGCUUUGUAAUACAAUUAUGAGAGCUUCAAUUCCUAAAUAGAGGAUAUUAAGCUCUAAAACAACUACAGGAAUGUGAACGUUCCGAUUGAACGUGAGACGUUUUAGAGAGAGGGUGAGAGAGACAGAAGAAAAUAUCUAAAAGUUUUCCAGGUGUUGUGGCGAUGUUUUGAUGGCAUCAGAGGGAGCAUAGGAAGGUCGUAAUGUGUGCAGCAAGGCCGGAAAAGUAGUGUGCGAGUUAGAUUUGAGGGAAAAUUCUGGAAACCAAGCUAAGUUGCAUAUCCAAUAAUGAGAAAAAGAUUCCAACGAAAAUAAUUCUCUUUGAUUUGGAUUGUAACUAUUUUUAGCGUUUAGUGGCGUUCUAUAUGGAUUUCCUGAGCGGGAAAGCUAAGAACAGUUUCUAUCUGUGCCUGUGCCUUGGUGCGGUUUGUGUCCAUCAUUCAUUACCUUACAUUUACCUAGUGAAGCUUGCAGAGUAGCAUCGGGUUGAUAAUUGAUGUUGCGGAUCCUGAUGGUGACAAGGCUUGUAUUGAUUCGUCGAAUAGAAUUUCACCGAGCAUAAAUUUCAUGCAACUUUUUUUUAUCGAUUUCCACGCUACAAUGAUUUUUAA